UCGAUCACCAGGAAAGAUGAUUCUUACAAAAAUCGUUGCAGCAUUGAUUUGCUGUUUAGACUCGUUAAAUGGAGCCUACGGGACCUCGUUUUCGAAGGUUUAUGUGCAAAGUGGAGCGGACGCUGGUCAAUUCCCGUAUUACAAUUAUGGUGCACCAGUGGUUGCUUAUCCAAGUGCUCAGUUGUCCCAGCUUACAGCAGCGCCAGUAGGAUCAGUGCUGCCUCUGCCACAAGUGUCAAAUUAUGCGACACCAUGUGUGCAACCCUGCAUACCAGCCCAACCGGUAGCUCCAAUCCCAAAAGCUGGACUUAUAGCUUAUAAAGCAGCUCCUGUUGUAGUUGCUAAAGAUGAGCCACCUCAACCUUACGAAUAUUCAUACGUAGUGUUUGACGAAGAUACAGGCGACCACAAGGCACAAAAGGAACUAAGUAAUGGAGUGCUAGUAACCGGAAAAUACUCUUUUCUUCAACCAGAUGGGUAUGUAAGGGAAGUUCAAUACACCGCUGAUGACGCUACAGGGUUUAACGCGGUUGUAAGAAAUUUCUUACCGGAAAAUAGUGUUAAAACACUAGUUGUCCCAGCUGCACCACCCUGUGAUGACAGUAAGCCAAAGAGUGAAGCAAUAAAAGAAGCACCGGGACUUACGGAAGCAAAAAGUGGAGAACCCUCUAAAAAGGAAGAGUCUCGCAGCCCUGGACCAGCUAGCGAAAAGCUACCACCACGGACGCCAAAGUCAGAGCAAGGUGGACCUAAAAAUCCUCCAGCGACUGAGGGUAAAAAGGAGCAACAAAAAGAAUUACCUGCACCAGCUCCAGAAAAGAAACCUACGCAAGCAGCUGAUCCACGUGUCGAAAUAACUCAAGCCGAAGUACGAGAGGAAAAACCACCGAAACUUGAGGGCACUGCUCAGCGUACUGAGCAACCCGUUGUCCAACCUAUAGUACCACCACAACUGGUGCCAGCUGUUAUUGAUACCAACAACCCACCUUCUAACUACGUUUCAUAUGAUCAACUUCUGAACUGCCUACAAGCUAAGCAGAACCAACGAAUCAAUUCUCCGCUGACUUAUAUUCUUGUACCUUCUAAGCCCUGUUGAUCCAUUUCUUAUUUGUAUUAUUUUAUUUGACAUUAUCUUCUAGUCUUUAAUUUCAUAUUCUCAUCUGUAAUUGUUACUUAUCUUCAUUACAUUCGUAUGCUAUAAAUGUCACCGUGUU